AUGGAUUACAUUUUGAUUAUAUUGCCACUUGUGUUGUUUCUUUUAGCUUACAAAUUCAUAUUCUCAUCCAAAACGCAGCGUUUCAAUCUCCCACCCGGACCAACUCCGUUUCCAAUCGUUGGCCACCUCCACAUCGUGAAACCACCGGUCCACCGUCUCUUCCACCGCUUCGCAGAAAAAUACGGCGAAAUAUUCUCCCUUCGUUACGGCUCUCGCCGAGUCGUUGUCAUCUCUUCUUUGCCUCUCGUCAAAGAAUGUUUCACCGGUCAAAACGACGUCGUUUUAUCAAACAGACCGCAUUUUCUAACCGCUAAAUAUGUCGCCUACGAUUACACAACGCUUGGAACCACCGAUUACGGUGAUCAUUGGCGUAAUCUCCGCCGUAUUUGCUCUCUCGAGAUCCUCUCUUCUCACCGUCUAACCGGAUUCCUCUCCGUCCGGAAAGACGAGAUCCGACGGUUGCUCACGAGACUCUCACGUGACCAUAACGCCCGUGUCGUUGAGCUUGAACCUCUCCUUGGCGAUUUGACGUUUAACAAUAUUAUUCGUAUGGUCACAGGGAGACGCUACUACGGAGACGAGGUUUACAACAAGGAAGAAGCCGAUCUAUUCAAGAACCUAGUGAUGCAGAUCAACGACAACAGUGGUGCGAGCCAUCCAGGAGAUUAUCUACCGAUUCUUAAAGUGUUCGGACACAAUUAUGAGAAGAAAGUGAAAGCACUCGGCGAAGCCAUGGACGCUUUCUUGCAACGACUGCUCGACGAAUGCCGACGAGAUGAAGAGAGCAACACAAUGGUUAGUCACUUGUUGUCUCUACAACAAGACCAACCCACGUAUUACAGCGACGUGAUCAUCAAAGGCCUCAUGCUCGCAAUGAUGCUCGCCGGGACGGAUACUUCGGCAGUGACAUUGGAAUGGGCAAUGGCGAAUUUGUUGAGAAAUCCUGAAGUGUUGAAAAAGGCGAAAUCUGAAAUAGACGAAAAGAUUGGCCAAGAACGUUUAAUCGAUGAACCGGACAUUGUCAAUCUUCCUUAUCUCCAAAACAUUGUUUCCGAGACCUUUCGGUUAUGUCCGGCCGCGCCGCUCCUUGUCCCUCGUACCCCAACCGAAGAUAUCAAGGUUGGCGAAUACGACGUGCCUCGUGGCACUAUCGUGCUAGUGAACGCUUGGGCUAUACACAGAGACCCGAAGCUCUGGGAUGAACCCGAGAGGUUUAUGCCAGAGCGGUUUGAAGACCAAGAAGCUGCAAACGUUAAUAAGUUGAUGGUGUUUGGGAACGGACGGAGGACGUGUCCUGGUGCGGCUUUGGCACAGAGGAUGGUGACGUUGGCUUUAGGGUCAUUGAUUCAAUGCUUUGAGUGGGAAAAAGUCAACGGUGAAGAGAUUGAUAUGACCGAGAAUCCUGGGAUGGCUAUGCGUAAGCUCGUGCCGUUACGAGCCAUUUGUCAUCAGCGUCCCAUUAUGACUAACCUUUUGGCUUAA